AUGUGCUUCAAUAACGGACAUGCUUUCAUCGCCCUCAGGAGGUUUCAUUACCACCGUCUGCCUCCUUUCAUCUCCCCAAAAGCCUAUAGCCAUGAAGAGUUCAAAAAAUCUUCAUCAAAAGAGAAAGGAUCUUUUGAUGGAGCGUCACGAAACUACGACGUGCAAUUUAUGUUGAACGUCCAAUUAGCUGCGUUUGCAUUAGUACGAGCUGAGGCCUUAUCUCUGGAUCAAGACUUCCUUGUACGACACGGGUUUACGUCGCAAUCCUUUUAA